AUCAGGUGCCUCAACAUCAGGAGCAUCAACAUCAUCAGGAGCCACAUCUCCAUCACCCAUAACGUCAGCACAAACCACCUCAGGUGCCUCCACAUCAGUAGCAUCAACAUCAUUGGGAGCCACAUCACCAUUUCCCAUUACGUCACCACAAAUCACCUCAGGUGCCUCAAUAUCAGGAGCAUCAACAUCAUCAGGAGCCACAUCUCCAUCACCCAUAACGUCAGGACAAACCACUUCAGGUGCCUCGACAUCAGUAGCAUCAACAUCAUCAGGAACAACAUCACCAUCACCCAUAACAUCAGCACAAACCACAUCAGGUGCCUCAACAUCAGUUGUACUACCAUCAUCAGGAGCAACAACACCAUCACCCAUAACGUCAGCACAAACCACAUCAGGUGCCUCAACAUCAGUUGCACCAACAUCUUUAGGAAUAACAUCUGCAUCACCCAUGACGUCAGGACAAACCACAUCAGGUGCCUCGACAUCAGUAGCACCAGCAUCAUCAGGAGCAACAACACCAUCACCCAUAUUGUCAGCACAAACCACAUCAGGUGCCUCGACAUCAGUAGCAUCAACAUCAUCAGGAGCCACAUCUCCAUCACCCAUAACGUCAGCACAAACCUCCUCAGGUGCCUUAACAUCAGGAGCAUCAACAUCAUCUGGAGCCACAUCACAAUUUCCGAUAAUGUCAGCACAAACCACCUCAGGUGCCUCAACAUCAGGAGUAUCAACAUCAUCAGGAGCCACAUCACCAUCACCCAUAACAUCAGGACAAACCACAUCAGGUGCCUCAACAUCAGUAGCAUCAACAUCAUCAGGAGCCACAUCUCCAUCACCCAUAACGUCAGGACAAACCACUUCAGGUGCCUCGACAUCAGUAGCAUCAACAUCAUCAGGAACAACAUCACCAUCACCCACAACAUCAGAACAAACCACCUCAGGUCCCUCAACAUCAGUAGCAUCAACAUCAUCAGGAGCUACAUCACCAUCACCCAUAACGUCAGCACAAACCACAUCAGGUGCCUCAACAUCAGUAGCAUCAACAUCAUCAGGAGCCACAUCACCAUCACCCAUAACGUCAGCACAAACCACAUCAGUUGCCUCGACAUCAGUAGCAUCAACAUCAUCAGGAGCCACAUCACCAUCACCAAUAACGUUAGCACAAACCACAUCAGGUGCCUCCACAUCAGUAGAACCAAUAUCAUCAGGAACAACAUCACCAUCACCCAUAAUGUCAGCACAAACAAUAUCAGGUGCCUCAACAUCAGUUGUACUAGCAUCAAGAGCCACAUCUCCAUCACCCAUGACGUCAGGACAAAGCACCUCAGGUGCCUCGACAUCAGUAGCAUCAACAUCAUCAGGAGCCACAUCACCAUUUCCCAUAACUUCAGCACAAACCACCUCAGGUGCCUCAACAUCAGGAGCAUCAACAUCAUCAGGAGCUACAUCACCAGCACCCAUAACGUCAGCACAAACCACCUCAGGUGCCUCAACAUCAGUUGUACCAGCAUCAUCAGGAGCAACAACAACAUUACCCAUAACGUCAGCACAAACCACCUCAGGUGCCUCAACAUCAGUAGCAUCAACAUCAUCAGGAGCCACAUCACCAUCACCAAUAACGUUAGCACAAACCACAUCAGGUGCCUCCACAUCAGUAGCACCACCGUCAUCAGGAGCCACAUCCCCAUCACCCAUAACGUCAGCACAAACCACCUCAGGUACCUCAACAUCAGUUGUACUAGCAUCAGGAGCCACAUCACCAUCACCCAUAACGUCAGGACAAACCACCUCAGGUGCCUCAACAUCAGGAGCAUCAACAUCAUCAGGAGCCACAUCACCCAUAACGUCAGGACAAACCACAUCAGGUGCCUCAACAUCAGGAGCAUCAACAUCAUCAGGAGCCACAUCUCCAUCACCCAUAACGUCAGCACAAACCACCUCAGGUGCCUCCACAUCAGUAGCAUCAACAUCAUUGGGAGCCACAUCACCAUUUCCCAUUACGUCACCACAAAUCACCUCAGGUGCCUCAAUAUCAGGAGCAUCAACAUCAUCAGGAGCCACAUCUCCAUCACCCAUAACGUCAGGACAAACCACUUCAGGUGCCUCGACAUCAGUAGCAUCAACAUCAUCAGGAACAACAUCACCAUCACCCAUAACAUCAGCACAAACCACAUCAGGUGCCUCAACAUCAGUUGUACUACCAUCAUCAGGAGCAACAACACCAUCACCCAUAACGUCAGCACAAACCACAUCAGGUGCCUCAACAUCAGUUGCACCAACAUCUUUAGGAAUAACAUCUGCAUCACCCAUGACGUCAGGACAAACCACAUCAGGUGCCUCGACAUCAGUAGCACCAGCAUCAUCAGGAGCAACAACACCAUCACCCAAAUUGUCAGCACAAACCACAUCAGGUGCCUCGAUAUCAGUAGCAUCAACAUCAUCAGGAGCCACAUCUCCAUCACCCAUAACGUCAGCACAAACCACCUCAGGUGCCUUAACAUCAGGAGCAUCAACAUCAUCUGGAGCCACAUCACAAUUUCCGAUAAUGUCAGCACAAACCACCUCAGGUGCCUCAACAUCAGGAGUAUCAACAUCAUCAGGAGCCACAUCACCAUCACCCAUAACAUCAGGACAAACCACAUCAGGUGCCUCAACAUCAGUAGCAUCAACAUCAUCAGGAGCCACAUCUCCAUCACCCAUAACGUCAGGACAAACCACUUCAGGUGCCUCGACAUCAGUAGCAUCAACAUCAUCAGGAACAACAUCACCAUCACCCACAACAUCAGCACAAACCACCUCAGGUCCCUCAACAUCAGUAGCAUCAACAUCAUCAGGAGCUACAUCACCAUCACCCAUAACGUCAGCACAAACCACAUCAGGUGCCUCAACAUCAGUAGCAUCAACAUCAUCAGGAGCCACAUCACCAUCACCCAUAACGUCAGCACAAACCACAUCAGUUGCCUCGACAUCAGUAGCAUCAACAUCAUCAGGAGCCACAUCACCAUCACCAAUAACGUUAGCACAAACCACAUCAGGUGCCUCCACAUCAGUAGAACCAAUAUCAUCAGGAACAACAUCACCAUCACCCAUAAUGUCAGCACAAACAAUAUCAGGUGCCUCAACAUCAGUUGUACUAGCAUCAAGAGCCACAUCUCCAUCACCCAUGACGUCAGGACAAAGCACCUCAGGUGCCUCGACAUCAGUAGCAUCAACAUCAUCAGGAGCCACAUCACCAUUUCCCAUAACUUCAGCACAAACCACCUCAGGUGCCUCAACAUCAGGAGCAUCAACAUCAUCAGGAGCUACAUCACCAGCACCCAUAACGUCAGCACAAACCACCUCAGGUGCCUCAACAUCAGUUGUACCAGCAUCAUCAGGAGCAACAACAACAUUACCCAUAACGUCAGCACAAACCACCUCAGGUGCCUCAACAUCAGUAGCAUCAACAUCAUCAGGAGCCACAUCACCAUCACCAAUAACGUUAGCACAAACCACAUCAGGUGCCUCCACAUCAGUAGCACCACCGUCAUCAGGAGCCACAUCCCCAUCACCCAUAACGUCAGCACAAACCACCUCAGGUACCUCAACAUCAGUUGUACUAGCAUCAGGAGCCACAUCACCAUCACCCAUAACGUCAGGACAAACCACCUCAGGUGCCUCAACAUCAGGAGCAUCAACAUCAUCAGGAGCCACAUCACCCAUAACGUCAGGACAAACCACAUCAGGUGCCUCAACAUCAGGAGCAUCAACAUCAUCAGGAGCCACAUCUCCAUCACCCAUAACGUCAGCACAAACCACCUCAGGUGCCUCCACAUCAGUAGCAUCAACAUCAUCGGGAGCCACAUCACCAUUUCCCAUUACGUCACCACGAAUCACCUCAGGUGCCUCAACAUCAGGAGCAUCAACAUCAUCAGGAGCCACAUCUCCAUCACCCAUAACGUCAGCACAAACCACAUCAGGUGCCUCAACAUCAGUUGUACUACCAUCAUCAGGGGCAACAACACCAUCACCCAUAACGUCAGCACAAACCACAUCAGGUGCCUCAACAUCAGUUGCACCAACAUCUUUAGGAAUAACAUCUGCAUCACCCAUGACGUCAGGACAAACCACAUCAGGUGCCUCGACAUCAGUAGCACCAGCAUCAUCAGGAGCAACAACACCAUCACCCACAACAUCAACACAAACCACCUCAGGUCCCUCAACAUCAGUAGCAUCAAC